UUGCUCCGGCCUGUUGCUUAGCAGCCAACGCGGCCGGGACGGGAGCCCAGGCGCUGAGCGAGCGGACUCAGGCUAGUCCCGGACUGUGCUUCUCUCUUCCGAGGGAUUCCUAGGGGCGCUGGGUAGAAUCCCCCGGGUGCUGCCCGAGCGUCCCCACCGCCAUGAGCAGCGAGCAGGAUAAAUCAGCCAGCAAAGAAAAAUCCAAGACAUCAGUAAGAUUUUUACCACAGUUAUCUAUGGAUAAAUCAGCGAGCGAAGAAAAACCCAAAGCACCCGAGAGAGUUUUACCGCAGCUGGCUACGGUAAGUACAAAGCCCCAGUGGCAGCAGGCAGCUCCAUCAUUCCAAUUGAGUAUAAAGCAGGACAGUGAUAUUCCUCAACAGCUUAGUGUUAAAAAUGAACAGUCAAAUGCUAAAUACAUGGAACACAUUGGAAAAAAGGGCAAAUUACUAGACCAAGUUGAUGACAGUUAUGCUGGACCAUCUACUUCCAAAUCAAAGAGCAAAUCUCCACAUAAAGAACGAGAAAACUUCAGAAGCACUCUUGUUAAUUUCAUUAUGCAACAAGAUGCUGUCUUAGACUCAGAUGCUCCUGAUGAAAGCACCCUUCCCAAACCUACCACUUCUACAACAGAGAAAGACAUCUUGAGAUAUUACUAUUACAUUCACCAUGGAAUUGACACAGACCAUGUAGCUCCAAUGGAAGAUUCUUGGCUAGAGCAUGUGUUGAAUUUAGUCCCCCAACAUCUGAAAGUCUUCACUGACAGCAUACUUGAAUUAUCUGAUGAAAUGAGAGAAGAUUAUCUUCUUAGUGUAAAAAAGUCCAUAGUUGAUUUUGUUUUAAAAGAUCCUAGAGAAAAAGAAGAUGAUAAAAAAGCAGAUGAACUUCUACCACAUCGUGCUGAGAUGGAAAUCCUUCCAAAACCUUGGAGGAAAUCUUUUUUAGCUGCAAGCAGUUAUAUUAGGGAUCACUUGAAUGCAAUGAACCCUACAAUGUUGGCUGUGUUAGAUUCGUGGCACAGUACUUUUAAAAAAUUACGUUUAAUUGACGUAGAAGAAUUUCACAAUCGCCAGGAUGCAUUAGAGCUGUCAAUGUUUCAGAGCAUUGUAGUGAAACACAUGGAAACUGCCAAAGAGACUCUACUUAAAAUGUGGUUCCCAGAAGUGCAGAAUAUUUAUUACCAAGGUAAUAAAAAAAAGCAAUUGCCAACUGGUGACAGCAGCACCAAGCUGGAAUCUUUUUUCAACUGUGCCGCUACACUUAUGACCUCGCAGCUGCAGGAGCUUGCUCUGGUCUCCAUGCAAGAUUUCACGGACUUAAUUGUGCAGCCCCCAGAUUCUGUAAAAGCUUUUGAACAUCCAGGUUUCAUUAUGAGGCUGAUUCUUGAUAAUGGCACUAUUAAGUUUGAACCUGAGUUCAAUGACUAUAUCGACAUCCUUCUAAAUGUUUAUGAUAUGAUGAUUAAGGCCAUCAGUUUUGUGCCAAGAGUUGAGACAAAAUUGUAUUCCAAGUGGGAAAGUAAGUGUAAACCAACAACCUUGAAGCCUAUAAUUCUGGAUGAAAUUGUUGAAGCUCACAAAGAAAAGGUUAAGGAAGUGAUACUGAGAGAGAGCAUGGCACCGAAGGAACACCUCAGACUCUAUGACAAGUAUGAUUUCUUGAUUAACAGAAAAGCUGAGCAAGAUGCUGAUGCUUUUCUUGCAGAAAAUCAUAGUUAUGAGAAAAUAAUAGAAGAAAUUCACAAAUACCAAAAACUAAUAGAGGAUAUACAGUACACAUCUAGAAAGACCGUUCGUUUAGGAAUGUUUGAAAUGCACUGUGAAGAAUUAAUCAGAGCUCUGGUGAAGCGAGCAGACAUUAUCUGUGGAAAAUUUAUAGCUAAAAUGUUCAGCAAUCAUCAGGAAGUAAAUACAAGAUUAUGUGAGGAAUUUCAGAAGAUAGCUGAAAAAGCUCUUAGCACACCUCCAAAUACAGCAGAACUAAUGGAAAUGAAGGCUUAUAUUCAGAAAGUAGAGACAACUGAUAUGAUUGAACUGAAACAGAGAUUGGUGGAUUCUAAAAACUGCUUGGCCUUCCUCAUUGAGUGUGCCAGCUUUUCUCCAGCACACAUCAGGCUAAAUAAUAAUGUUUUUCAGUGGUAUGGAAGAAUGGAAGAAAUUUUUGAAGAACACAGGAAAAUCAUUAAAGAGAAAACAGAACAAUAUCAAGAAGGUCUUAAGUUACGGUGUGAACGGUUUGUGGAGGAAUUGGAGAGUUAUGCUAAACAAUCAGAAGAAUUUUACUCAUUUGGAGAUCUUGAGGAUAUACAGAGAUACCUGAAAAAGGCUCAAACACUGAAUGGAAAGUUGGAUUUAGCAGCAGACAAGAUUGAACAGUUUAAUGCCGAAGAGGAGGCAUUUGGUUGGCUACCGUCAAUAUACCCUCAACGUAAAAAAAUCCAAGAUGGUUUGAACCCUUACCUUCGUCUCUAUGAAACUGUUCUUGAUUUUAACAACAAGUACAGAGGAUGGACCGAAGGACCAUAUCACAAGGUGAAUCCAGACCAAGUAGAAACAGAUGUUGGAAAUUAUUGGAGAGGACUAUAUAAGCUGGAGAAAAUCUUCCAUGAUUCUCCAAAUGCAUUGGCAAUGACAAAAAAAGUAAGAGCAAAGGUAGAAGAUUUCAAGGAGCACAUUCCUCUCAUUCAGGUGAUCUGUAAUCCUGGCCUGCGUACCAGGCACUGGGAGGCCAUGUCCAGCAUUGUUGGUUACCCGCUGCAGCCAGCAGACGACUCCACUGUCUUCUCUCUUUUAGACAUGAAUCUGGAACCAUAUUUAGAUAGAUUUGAAGGUAUUAGUGAAGCAGCCAGCAAAGAAUAUUCUCUUGAAAAGGCCAUGGAGAAGAUGAUUAAUGAAUGGGAUGCAAUGGAAUUUGCCGUUCUUUCUUACAGAGAAAGUGGGACAUUUAUUUUGUCAUCAGUUGAUGAAAUUCAAAUGUUGUUGGAUGACCACAUUAUUAAGUCACAAACUAUGCGAGGAUCUCCUUUCAUUAAGCCUUAUGAAAAACAAAUGAGAGAAUGGGAGGGCAAGCUCCUGCUGCUUCAGGAGAUUCUGGAUGAAUGGCUCAAGGUCCAAGCCACAUGGCUGUAUUUGGAGCCCAUUUUCAGUUCUCCAGACAUUAUGUCUCAAAUGCCUGAGGAAAGCAGACGAUUUACAACUGUGGAUAAAACAUGGAGAGAGAUAAUGAAAAGUGUAGUACAAGAUAAACAUGUUCUGGCAGUUGUAACUAUUGAGAGAAUGCUAGAAAGGCUGAAAAAAUCUAAUGAACUUUUGGAACUCAUUCUUAAAGGACUUAAUGAAUAUUUAGAAAAGAAACGUCUCUUUUUCCCCAGAUUCUUUUUCCUGUCUAAUGAUGAACUUCUUGAAAUACUGUCUGAGACUAAAGAUCCCAGUAGGGUGCAACCUCACCUGAAGAAAUGUUUUGAAGGAAUUGCAAAGGUAGAAUUUACAGAAAUCUUAGACAUUACUCACAUGAAGAGUAGUGAAGGAGAGGUUGUGGAACUCACGGAGACUAUUUCAACAGCCAAAGCCAGAGGUCAAGUAGAAAAGUGGUUGGCUGAGUUAGAGAAAGUUAUGAUAAAAUCCAUCCACAAGGUGAUUAAAGAUGCAAUUGUUGCCUACACACAACAUGAACGAAUUAACUGGGUGAGGGAUUGGCCUGGACAGACAGUUCUUUGUGUAUCCCAGACCUUCUGGACAAUAGAAGUACAAGCAUCUAUUUCAAGGGGGCAAGAGGCUCUUGAACAAUACUUGGAAAAAUGUAACAAACAAAUUGAUGAUAUUGUCACCUUGGUCCGUGGCAAAUUGUCCAAGCAGAAUCGUGUCACUCUGGGAGCCCUCGUGGUGCUGGAUGUCCAUGCUAGAGAUGUUCUCACAUCACUUGUUAAUAAAAAAGUUAGUGAUGAAUCUGACUUCGAAUGGUUAAGUCAGCUUAGAUACUACUGGCAAGAAAAUCAUUUAGAAACAAAGAUGAUCAAUGCAGGUUUACGAUAUGGAUAUGAAUAUCUGGGCAAUUCCCCAAGACUGGUUAUUACUCCACUUACUGACAGAUGUUACAGAACCUUAUUUGGAGCCCUUCACCUGCACCUUGGAGGAGCCCCUGAGGGGCCAGCUGGCACUGGAAAGACUGAAACUACCAAAGAUUUAGCAAAAGCUAUAGCCAAACAAUGUGUUGUUUUCAAUUGCUCUGAUGGAUUGGAUUAUCUGGCUUUAGGAAAGUUCUUUAAGGGACUGUUAUCUUGUGGAGCCUGGGCUUGCUUUGAUGAGUUCAACAGAAUUGAUUUGGAAGUACUGUCUGUGGUUGCUCAACAAAUUCUUACUAUCCAAAGAGGUAUUAAUGCAGGUGCUGAUACACUAGUGUUCGAAGGAACUGAACUGAAACUUGACCCCACAUGUGCUGUCUUCAUAACAAUGAACCCUGGGUAUGCUGGGCGAUCAGAACUGCCAGAUAAUCUGAAGGCUCUCUUUCGGACGGUAGCAAUGAUGGUACCUGACUAUGCCAUGAUUGCUGAAAUAGUCCUGUACUCCUGUGGGUUUGUCACAGCUCGGCCACUGUCAGUAAAAAUUGUGGCUACGUAUCGCUUGUGUUCAGAGCAGCUGUCAUCGCAGCAUCACUAUGACUAUGGCAUGAGGGCUGUGAAGUCAGUGCUCACCGCUGCUGGGAACCUAAAGCUUAAAUAUCCAAAUGAAAAUGAAGAAAUUUUGCUGCUUAGAUCUAUUAUUGAUGUAAAUCUGCCAAAGUUUUUGUCCCAUGAUUUGCCACUUUUUGAGGGAAUUACUUCAGAUUUGUUUCCUGGAGUGAAGUUACCAAAACCAGACUACAAUGAUUUGCUAGUAGCUAUCAAAGACAACUGUGACUCCAUGAAUUUGCAAAUGACCGGAUUCUUUUCUGAGAAGAUUCUUCAAAUAUAUGAGAUGAUGAUUGUACGUCAUGGUUUUAUGAUUGUUGGAGAACCAUUUGGAGGAAAAACCAGUGCAUAUCGUGUCUUAGCUGGAGCAUUAAAUGAUAUAUGUGAAAAGGGGUUAAUGGAAGAAAACAAGGUUCAGAUUAUUGUUUUAAACCCUAAGUCUGUCACCAUGGGUCAGCUGUAUGGACAGUUCGAUGUUGUGUCCCACGAGUGGUCCGAUGGAAUCCUUGCUGUCAGUUUUAGAGCAUUUGCUUCUUCAGCGACCCCAGAUAGAAAAUGGUUAAUUUUUGAUGGGCCAGUAGAUGCAGUAUGGAUUGAGAAUAUGAAUACUGUGCUGGAUGACAACAAAAAGCUAUGUCUGAUGAGUGGUGAGAUUAUUCAGAUGUCACCACAAAUGAAUCUUAUUUUUGAGCCAAUGGAUUUAGAAGUUGCUUCUCCUGCCACUGUUUCCAGAUGUGGUAUGAUUUACAUGGAGCCUCACAUGUUAGGCUGGAGACCACUGAUGCUGUCUUGGGUAAAUCUUUUACCUGCUGGGAUCAGUACUGUUCAGAAGGAAUUCAUAAUAGGCUUAUUUGACAGAAUGGUUCCUGUUUCUGUCGAAUUUAUUAGAAAGCAUACAAAGGAGUUAUCUCCUACUUCAGAUACAAACUUGGUACGAUCUUUAAUGAAUCUAAUAGACUGUUUUAUGGAUAACUUUGCUGAUGAAGUCAAAGUAAAAGACAGAAAUGAUCGAGAAACUUACUCUUUACUUGAGGGCAUUUUUCUGUUUUCAUUAAUCUGGUCCGUUGGUGCUUCCUGUAAAGAUGAUGACCGGUUGAAAUUUAAUGAGAUUCUUCGAGAACUAAUGGAAGGUCCAAUUUCAGAACUAACUCGAAAUAAGUUUAAAUUACUGAGUGGUGAUGGACAAACAUCUUCAAAAGCAUUAACAGUUCCAUUUCCUGAAAAAGGAACAAUUUAUGAUUAUCAAUUUGUCACUGAGGGAAUAGGUAAAUGGGAACCAUGGAUAAAGAAAUUGGCAGAUGCUCCUCCAAUUCCUAAGGAUGUGAUGUUUAAUGAAAUCAUUGUACCAACUCUGGACACAAUUCGAUAUUCUGCACUAAUGGAAUUGUUGACCACCCAUCAGAAGCCUUCAGUAUUUGUAGGACCAACAGGAACUGGAAAAAGUGUUUAUAUUAUUAAUUUUCUUUUAAGUCAACUCAAUAAGGAAAUCUACAAGCCUCUGCUAAUCAACUUCUCAGCACAAACUACAGCAGCUCAAACUCAGAAUAUUAUCAUGUCAAAAUUGGACAAAAGAAGAAAAGGAGUUUUUGGUCCUCCUUUGGGCAAGAGAAUGGUUGUCUUUGUAGAUGAUGUCAAUAUGCCUGCUCGAGAGAUGUAUGGGGCUCAGCCCCCCAUCGAGUUACUUAGACAGUGGCUAGAUCACUGGAAUUGGUAUGACCUGAAAGAUUGUUCUAUGAUUAAACUAGUGGACGUUCAAAUCAUGUGUGCAAUGGGACCUCCAGGUGGUGGUCGAAAUCCAGUAACUCCUCGAUACAUGCGACAUUUCAAUAUUAUAACAAUUAAUGAGUUUAGUGAUAAAUCCAUGUUUACAAUCUUCUCUAGAAUCUUAACCUGGCAUUUAAAAAUCUGUUAUAAAUUUCCAGAUGAUUUUCUAGAUCUGACCACACAGAUCGUUAAUGGUACAAUGACUUUGUAUAAAGAAGCAAUGAAGAAUCUCUUGCCUACGCCAGCUAAAUCACACUACUUGUUCAACCUCCGUGAUUUCUCUCGGGUCAUUCAGGGUGUGUGUUUGUCAAGACCUGAAACAGCAGAAACCAAAGAAGCGAUUAAACGUCUUUGGGUUCAUGAGGUCCUUAGGGUAUAUUAUGAUCGCCUUCUAGAUAAUGCAGACAGAAGUUGGCUUAUCAAGUACAUUCAAGAAAUUUUGAGACAAUAUAUGGAAGAAGAUUUUCAUGGGCUUUUUCAAGGUUUGGAUUUUGAUAAUGAUGGAGUGGUGGAAGAAGAUGACUUACGCAGCCUAAUGUUCUGUGAUUUCCAUGAUCCCAAGAGGGAGGAUACCAACUACAGAGAAGUCGCAAGUGUAGAUAAUCUUCGGGUGAUAGUAGAAGCUCAUUUAGAAGAAUACAACAAUAUGAGCAAAAAAACUAUGAACCUUGUCUUAUUUCGAUUUGCCAUAGAACACAUUAGCAGAAUUUCCAGGAUCCUGAAGCAGCCUCGCAGCCACGCUCUCCUGGUUGGUGUUGGAGGGAGUGGAAGGCAGUCUGUCACCAGAUUAGCUGCCCACAUGGCUGAUUAUGCAGUUUUCCAGGUUGAAAUCUCCAAAGGCUAUGGCACCUCUGAGUGGCAUGAAGAUCUAAAGGUUAUCUUAAGGAAGUGUGCCGAGGGUGACAUGCAGGGUGUCUUCCUGUUUACAGAUACUCAGAUUAAAAGGGAGUCAUUUCUGGAAGAUGUGAACAAUCUGCUAAAUGCUGGGGAGAUCCCAAAUCUCUUUGAAUUAGAUGAGAAGCAGGAGAUAUGCGAUAAGAUGCGUCAGUUAGAUCGCCAACGGGAUAAAACCAAACAAACAGAUGGAAGCCCCAUAGCUCUUUUCAACAUGUUUAUUGAUCGCUGCCGCAACCAACUGCAUGUUGUCCUCGCCAUGAGUCCCAUUGGAGAUACAUUUCGGAUUCGUCUUAGAAAGUUCCCUGCUCUUGUCAACUGCUGUACCAUUGACUGGUUUCAGUCAUGGCCUGAAGAUGCACUGCAGGCAGUCGCCUCACGUUUCUUGGAAGAAAUUGAAAUGUCAGAGGAAAUACGAGAAGGCUGUAUUGACAUGUGUAAGAGCUUCCACACUUCUACUGUAGAUUUAUCAACAUCCUUCUAUGUUGAACUUCAGAGAUACAAUUAUGUGACUCCUACCUCUUAUCUUGAAUUAAUCUCUACCUUCAAAGUGUUGUUGGAAAAGAAAAGAAGUGAGGUAAUGAAAAUGAAGAAGAGGUAUGAGGUGGGCUUGGAUAAACUGGAUUCUGCUGCGUCUCAAGUGGCCACAAUGCAACUCGAGUUGGAAGCUCUACAUCCUCAGUUAAAAGUUGCUAGCAAAGAGGUUGACGAAAUGAUGGUAAUCAUUGAGAGGGAGUCUGUAGAAGUUGCCAAGACCGAAAAGAUAGUAAAAGCUGAUGAAACUGUAGCAAAUGAACAAGCUAUGGCUUCUAAAGCCAUCAAAGACGAAUGUGACGCUGACCUGGCAGGGGCCCUACCGAUAUUAGAGUCAGCCCUUUCUGCCCUUGAUACUCUCACUGCACAGGACAUCACGGUGGUAAAAUCCAUGAAGAGUCCCCCUGCUGGAGUCAAGCUUGUUAUGGAAGCUAUAUGUAUCCUGAAAGGCAUCAAAGCUGACAAAAUCCCCGACCCCACAGGUUCAGGGAAAAAAAUAGAGGAUUUCUGGGGUCCAGCUAAGAGACUUCUUGGUGACAUUCGAUUUCUACAGUCACUUCAUGAAUAUGACAAGGACAACAUUCCUCCAGCUUAUAUGAAUAUCAUAAGAAAAAAUUAUAUUCCAAAUCCAGAUUUCAUUCCAGAGAAGAUUAGAAAUGCGUCCACAGCAGCUGAAGGACUAUGCAAAUGGGUCAUAGCAAUGGAUUCAUAUGAUAAAGUGGCAAAAAUAGUAGCUCCCAAAAAGAUAAAACUGGCCGCAGCUGAAGGGGAGCUUAAAAUCGCCAUGGACAGUCUGAGAAAGAAGCAGGCAGCCCUGCACGAAGUUCAGGCCAAGCUGGCUAAGCUUCAGGACACACUCGAACUAAAUAAACAAAAGAAGGCCGACUUGGAAAACCAAGUAUGUGAUAAUAGAGACAAAUAUGGAGUGGCAAAAAUAGUAGCUCCCAAAAAGAUAAAACUGGCCGCAGCUGAAGGGGAGCUUAAAAUCGCCAUGGACAGUCUGAGAAAGAAGCAAGCAGCCCUGCACGAAGUUCAGGCCAAGCUGGCUAAGCUUCAGGACACACUCGAACUAAAUAAACAAAAGAAGGCCGACUUGGAAAACCAAAACCAAAUCAAGGAGUGGACAAACUUGUGUAAAAGAAGAAAUAUUCCCUGCUCGGAUGAUUAUUCUCUCAUGGGUACCCUGGGAGAAGCAGUGACGAUUCGAGCCUGGAAUAUUGCUGGGUUACCUUCUGACUCAUUUUCCAUUGAUAAUGGAAUCAUCAUAAUGAAUGCAAGAAGGUGGCCUCUGAUGAUAGAUCCUCAAGGUCAGGCUAAUAAAUGGAUCAAGAACAUGGAAAAAACCAAUAGCCUUCAUCUAAUUAAAUUAAAUGAUCCUGACUAUAUCCGGACUCUGGAAAACUGCAUCCAGUUUGGCACCCCUGUGUUGCUAGAAAAUGUGGGAGAAGAACUGGAUCCUAUUCUGGAACCUCUUCUGCUAAAACAGACCUUUAAGCAGGGUGGGAGCACAUGUAUCCGGCUUGGGGACGCUACCAUUGAAUAUGCGUCAGACUUCCGCUUCUAUGUUACUACCAAGCUAAGAAACCCUCAUUAUCUUCCUGAAACAUCAGUAAAGGUAACAUUAUUAAACUUCAUGAUAACUUCUGAGGGAAUGCAAGAUCAGCUCUUGGGAAUUGCGGUGGCACGAGAAAGGCCGGACCUUGAAGAAGAAAAACAAGCCUUGAUAUUACAAGGAGCUGAAAACAAAAGGCAGUUAAAAGAAAUAGAAGACAAGAUUUUAGAAGUUCUUUCAUCUUCAGAAGGCAAUAUAUUAGAAGAUGAAACUGCUAUUAAGAUAUUAUCUUCCUCCAAGGCUUUGGCUGAUGAAAUUUCUCAAAAGCAGGAAGUUGCCGAGGAGACAGAGAGGAAGAUUGAUACCACCCGCAUGGGCUACCGUCCUAUUGCCAGCCAUUCCACCAUCCUGUUUUUUUCUAUUGCUGAUUUAGCUAAUAUUGAGCCCAUGUACCAAUACUCACUGACCUGGUUUAUUAACCUUUUCAUCCUGUCUAUUGAAAAUUCAGAGAAAUCAGAAAUUUUAUCAAAAAGGCUUCAGAUUCUCAAGGAUCACUUUACUUAUUCCCUCUAUGUUAACGUCUGCCGAUCACUCUUUGAGAAGGAUAAGCUACUCUUUUCCUUCUGUUUAACUGUAAAUCUGCUGAUACAUGAGCGUAUGAUUAACAAAGCUGAGUGGAGGUUUCUGCUAACCGGUGGCAUUGGACUGGAUAAUCCUCACGCCAGCCCUUGUACAUGGCUUCCUCAAAAAUCCUGGGAUGAAAUAUGUCGACUAGAUGAUUUACCAUCCUUCAGAAACAUUCGUAGGGAGUUUAUGCAUUUAAAGGAUGGGUGGAAAAAAGUGUAUGAUAGUUUGGAACCACAUCAUGAGGUUUUUCCUGAAAAUUGGCAAGAUAAAGCAAAUGAGUUUCAAAGGAUGCUUAUCAUUCGUUGCUUGAGGCCAGACAAGGUUAUCCCCAUGCUGCAAGAAUUUAUAGCCAACAAAUUGGGGCGCACAUUCAUCGAACCACCCCCUUUUGACCUAUCCAAGGCCUUUGGAGAUAGUAACUGCUGCGCACCACUCAUUUUUGUGCUCUCUCCCGGAGCGGAUCCCAUGGCUGCUCUUCUGAAGUUUGCUGAUGACCAGGGUUAUGGAGGAUCAAAACUUAGCUCUUUAUCUCUUGGUCAAGGCCAAGGGCCUAUAGCCAUGAAGAUGUUAGAAAAAGCUGUCAAGGACGGGACGUGGGUGGUUCUUCAGAACUGUCACCUUGCCACUUCUUGGAUGCCAACUCUUGAGAAAGUGUGUGAGGAGUUAAGCCCAGACUCAACACAUCCAGAUUUCCGAAUUUGGCUGACAAGUUACCCGUCUCCAAAUUUCCCCGUGUCGGUACUACAGAACGGAGUGAAAAUGACCAACGAGGCACCCAAAGGCUUACGGGCUAACGUCAUCCGAUCCUACCUCAUGGACCCCAUCUCUGACCCGGAGUUCUUUGGCAGCUGCAGAAAGCCUGAGGAAUUCAAGAAAUUACUUUAUGCCCUUUGCUUCUUUCAUGCUUUGGUACAAGAGAGACGGAAAUUUGGGCCCCUGGGGUGGAAUAUUCCUUAUGAGUUCAAUGAGACUGACCUGAGAAUCAGUGUACAGCAACUCCACAUGUUCCUGAACCACUACGAGGAACUGCCUUAUGACGCCCUGAGAUACAUGACCGGUGAAUGCAAUUACGGAGGCAGGGUGACAGACGACUGGGACCGGCGCACACUGCGCAGUAUCUUAAACAAAUUCUUCAACACAGAAUUAGUUGAAAAUCCAGACUAUAAAUUCGACACAAGUGGCAUCUAUUUUGUCCCUCCUUCUGGUGAUCACAAAAGCUACAUCGAAUAUACAAAGACUCUGCCCCUGACGCCAGCACCGGAAAUCUUUGGCAUGAAUGCCAAUGCAGAUAUCACUAAGGAUCAGUCGGAAACGCAACUGCUGUUUGAUAAUAUUCUUCUCACACAGUCUCGUUCAGCAGAGGCUGGUGCAAAAUCAUCAGAUGAAGUAGUAAAUGAUGUGGCUGGUGACAUCUUGGGUAAACUGCCAAACAACUUUGACAUUGAGGCUGCAAUGAGGAGAUAUCCAACAACUUACACUCAGAGCAUGAACACUGUGCUUGUUCAAGAGAUGGGACGGUUCAAUAAGUUGUUACAGACUAUAAGAGAAUCAUGUGUCAACAUUCAGAAAGCAGUCAAGGGGCUGGUAGUGAUGUCUACAGAUCUUGAAGAAGUGGUUAGCAGCAUUCUGAAUGUCAAAAUUCCGGGAAUGUGGAUGGGUAAAUCAUACCCAAGCCUUAAACCACUUGGGAGCUAUGUGAAUGAUUUCCUUGCAAGACUAAAAUUCUUCCAGCGAUGGUACGAGGUGGGCCCUCCUCCUGUCUUCUGGCUCUCUGGCUUUUUCUUCACACAAGCUUUCCUGACUGGUGCCCAGCAGAACUAUGCCAGGAAAUAUACCAUCCCCAUUGAUCUUCUUGGGUUUGACUAUGAGGUGAUGGAAGACAAAGAGUAUAAACAUGCCCCGGAAGAUGGUGUUUUCAUUCAUGGAUUAUUUCUGGAUGGAGCUUCCUGGAAUAGAAAGAUCAAGAAACUUGCAGAAUCACAUCCCAAAAUUCUUUAUGAUACAGUGCCUGUGAUGUGGCUGAAGCCCUGUAAAAGGGCAGAUAUACCAGAGCGACCAAGUUACAUUGCUCCAUUGUAUAAGACAAGCGAGCGGAGAGGAACCUUAUCCACCACCGGCCACUCCACGAAUUUUGUGAUUGCCGUGGCUCUUCCGUCUGACGAACCCAAGGAGCACUGGAUCGGGCGAGGUGUAGCAUUAUUAUGUCAACUUAAUUCAUAAACAGAAGAUGUCAUUCCCCUGUUCCUGAUGGUGGAGAGAAAAUAUAGUUCAUUUUUUAAACAAUUUAUUUGGCUUAAAUCAGUUUGACUAAAGCUAUACUUAAUUAUAAAUG